UUCACAUUUCACUCACUCUCGCAUUUUGCUUUCCGAAAAUCGAUUUGGUUUUUCUUCCUGUUCCCAUCAAACACAGAAAAUUAAUAAAAAGAAAUACAAAAUCCAGAGAAAUAAUAGCAAAAACCAACGAAAAUAAUCCGAAUUAGGUAUAUCAAUUAACAACUUAAAAACAUGUCUGAUUUUCGAUCAAACUCCAAUAAAAUGGACGAGCCUCCAAUGUCUCGACUUUUCAUCAUCGGCAACAAGGAAAAUACCGAAGAUGAACUUCAUGAAGUAUUUAGUAAAUUUGGUGAAGUCGAAGAUGUCUGGGUGGUUAAGGACAAAAAGACUGGCGAUAACAAAGGAAUUGCUUAUGUGAAAUUUUCCAAAACCUCGGAAGCCGCACAGGCACAAGAGGAAAUGAAUGGAAAACGUAUCGGCAAGUUGGAUCGUCCUGUUAAGGUUAUUGUUGCAGCAAACAAAAACCAAGGGCGGACAGAUAACGAACCCGACAGGUACGUUCGUCUCUUCAUAGUCGUUCCCAAAAAUGCCACCGAGGACGACAUUCGCGAGGAAUUUGAAAAAUAUGGAGAUGUGGCUUCUGUGUCUAUUAUGCAAGACCGUCAAACAGGAAAUUCAAAAGGUUUUGCUUAUGUCAAAUACGACAGCUUCUAUCAUGCCGCUCUUGCUUUUGAGAAUUGCCCAGCCAAAUACAAAGCUGUAUUUGCUGAGCCAAAAGUUUCUCGAAACCGAGAUGGUGGUGGCCGUGAUGGUCAUAGAGAUGAGUCCUUCAAUCGCAAUAACAACGAUUGGGGCAAUGGCAAUAAUAGUAGCAAUAUGAAUAAUGCCAGCAGUGAAAUGGCUUCAUUUUUGAAAAUGCAACACUCACAUGACCAACAGACGACUACUUUGGACGUAAUUUGUAGCAACAAUAUUAACCAAGAUCAGCUUUGGCGUUUGUUUGAUAUUAUACCAGGCUUGGACUAUUGCCAGAUAACUAGAGAAGAUGGUCCGAGAACGAAUGAAGCAACAGUCGCUUACAACACUCCAGAAGCUGCUGUUUAUGCAAAAGAGAAGAUCCAUGGUUUGGAGUAUCCAAUUGGCGAGAGAAUGAUUGUAAAAUUCACGGUCUCAAACUCCCGAUUGGACAGUUCCAUGAUGGAUGUUCGUGGUUCCUCGGGACGUGAUCAUAAUACAAUUUGCAGCGUUAACUUGCCACCAGCAGCUCCUUUGGCUUCUUCAGAUGCACCAGUAGCUCGCAGGCUUUUCAUUGUCCUCUCAUCGAGCAUUCCACAAGCUAUCUUGAAGAACGUGUUUUCAUGUUUCGGCAGCCUAAUUGAUGCUUACUUACUUCCCAAUCGUAAUUGUGGUUAUGUUAAAUAUGCUAAUUCAGACAGUGCUCAAAAUGCCAUUGAUACAUUGAAUGGAGUUGAGAUUUGUAGUUCCAAGAUUAAGGUCAUGGAUGCUGAAGAACCUGGUGAAAACAAUCGCAAACGAGUUCGUCGUGCUUAAACGUUUAAUUUCUAGACAGCGAAAACGAAACAUAGACAGAAAACAAGUGUUUAAUUUGACAUCAAAUAACAAGAACACCAAAACGAACAACACGGGAAAGAACUACAACAACAACAACUGAAAACGACUGAUGAAGACCAAGACCCAAACGGACCGAGACGACGCGACAUCAAUGAAAAUAACCGAAAAAUCUUAAAAUGAACAUAAAAAAAAGAAAAACAAUUAAACAUUAACUGAUUAAAUUAUUAUCAAAAAGACAUGUAUUUAUUUAAAAAUUUCAUAGCUUCUUAAAAAUUUUUCUUUUUUUAAAUACAUCAAGACAUUCAAAUAUUUAAUACAUACUGCUAAUAAAAAAACGAAGAAACAUUGUAUAAAAAAAUAAAUUCGAAAUAUUAACGAAAAAACGACACCAAACAAGAAACAUGACUCGAGAACUUGAAAUUAAUUUAUGAGUGAUUUUUUUUAAAUGAAUGACCUAGGAAUUGGUCAAAAACAAUUAUGUAUAACUUUUUAUCUACCCAAUAAAUAUUUUGAAAUAAACUA